CGCCGCUUGAAUGGGGGAGCCGCGCGGAGAGGAUGCUACAAAUCUGGUUCGGCAGGGCAAGUGCGCGCACGUGCGAAGAAGCGGCGCUUUAGGGACCCAUCGCCGGGCAGCCUCCCCUUUUGCGCGCCGCGGUUCUCCCUGCGGACUCUCCAGGUGGGAUCGAGGACAAGGGACGCGCAAAUUAAGCAGCAGUAGCCCGAGGGAGUCACGAUGAGCCCCGGUGGAUUGCAAGCGCGUUUGCUAGCCUUGGCGGUUGUGCUCUGCGCCCAGGUUUCUGGAAACGGUGUGGAGAAUUGUAGGAGGAGGGAAUUCCAGUGUGGGAAUGGCGAAUGCAUCCCUUACAAAUGGAUAUGUGAUGGCAAGGCUGAAUGCCAGGACGGCUCUGAUGAAUCCUUGGAUGCCUGCAAGUCCGUGACCUGUGAGCCAGGGCAGUUCAGCUGUGGCGGCCGCAUCAAUCGGUGCAUUGAUAUGUCCUGGCGGUGCGACUCGCAGAUCGAUUGUGAGAAUGGCUCCGAUGAAGAAAACUGCCCCCCUAAACAUUGCGCCGACAGCGAGUUCCAGUGCAAAGAUGGGAACUGCAUUGCUUUGAGUUUUGUCUGCGAUGAAGACCGCGAUUGCGAGGACGGCAGCGACGAAGAAAACUGCUCUGGCCCGACCUGCAGCCCCGAAAUGUUUCACUGCAACAGCUCGGAGUGCAUUCCCAAACUCUGGGCCUGCGACAAAGAUCCGGACUGCAAGGAUGGGUCGGAUGAGUCGCCCGAGCAUUGUGGGAAGCUGGAGAAAGACAACCCUUGCUCUCCGCUGGAGUUCCACUGCGGAAGUGGCGAAUGCAUCCAUCAGAAAUGGAAGUGCGAUGGGGGUUUUGAUUGUGCAGACAACUCAGACGAGGCAGACUGUGCUAAAGUCACAUGUCGCCCAGAUCAAUUUCAGUGCAAUGAUGGUACUUGCAUCCAUGGGAGCCUGCAGUGUAACAAGGAGAUUGACUGCAAAGACAGGAGUGACGAGGUUGGCUGUGUCAACGUGACAACCUGCGAAGGACCAAACAUAUUCAAGUGCCAUUCUGGAGAAUGUAUCACUAUGGACAAGGUCUGCAAUGCGAAGAAAGACUGCAGGGAUUGGUCGGAUGAGCCCCUCAAGGAGUGCCGAACAAAUGAAUGUUUGGAUAAUAAGGGUGGUUGCUCCCACAUAUGCAAUGAUCUCAAAAUUGGGUACGAGUGUUUAUGCCCUGAGGGAUUCCAGCUGAUUAACCAAAGAAAAUGUGAAGAUAUCGAUGAGUGUCUCAACCCUGAUACCUGUAGCCAAACCUGUGUGAACUUGAAAGGAAGCUAUAAGUGUGAAUGCAAUGAAGGCUAUCAGAUUGACCCUGCCACGAAGGCCUGCAAAGCCAUUGGCACCAUUGCAUAUCUCUUCUUCACAAAUCGCCAUGAGGUCAGAAAGAUGACUCUCGACCGCAGCGAGUACAGCAGCCUCAUCCCCCGUCUCAAAAACGCGGUGGCUUUAGAUAUGGAAAUAGCCAGCAACAAACUCUACUGGUCUGACAGCUCUCAGAAAAAAAUAUACAGCACCCCAAUAGACAAAGCAGACAACCACUCUCACCACGCCACUGUGAUCGACAGCGGUAUCAAAUACCCAGAUGGCCUCGCUGUGGACUGGGUGCACAGCAACAUCUACUGGGCUGACUCUGCCCUGGGCACGAUCUCCGUGGCCAGCAGUGAAGGCUUGAGGAGGAGGACCCUGAUCAAGGAAGUGGACGCCAAGCCGUGUGCCAUCGUGGUGGAUCCAGUCCACGGGUUUAUGUACUGGGCCGACUGGGGAACGUCUGCGAAAAUUGCCAAAAGUGGUCUGAAUGGGGUGGACAGCUUCCCCUUGGUGAAAGAAGGCAUUCUUUGGCCUAACGGAAUAACUCUAGAUCUGGCCAACCAGCGCCUCUACUGGGUAGACUCAAAGCUCCACUCCAUCUCCAGCGUAGACGUGAAUGGGAGAAACCGAAAGACCAUCCUUGUGAACGAGGACAAGCUGGCUCAUCCUUUUGCCAUCACAGUCUUUGAGGAUAAAGUGUUCUGGACAGAUGUCAUGAACGAAGCCAUUUUCAGCGCCAACCGCCUGACCGGCUCCGAUAUCGUCAAGGUGGCAGGGGACCUGUAUUCGCCCCAGGAUCUGACGUUGUUUCAUUCUGUACGGCAGCCAAAAGGUGUCAACUGGUGUGAGAAGAACGGAACUCCCAAUGGAGGCUGCCAAUACCUCUGUCUCCCUGCCCCACAAAUCACUGCUCACUCUGCCAAGUACACCUGCGCCUGUCCUGAUGGCAUGCACCUGGCCGCAGACAUGAGAAGUUGCAGCGCAGACACUGUUCCCGAUGCUCCUGCUUCCGUUGCUGCCACAACAACUCAGCAACCUCCCUCGAGAACCACACCUUCGGGCCGGCUGCUCGCCACAACCGGUGCCCCGAGGCAGGAAACGGAACGCCUGCCUGCCGCCACCGUUCUGAGCAAACUUAUCCCAGGCAUCUCUGAGCGUACCACGCCUCCGAUGGUCACCCUGUCGCAGCAAGCGCGAAACGGCAUUGCUGCUGAAACGGACGGGGCAAGGCAAGGGGGCCCCCCAGCGCUCUCGAUUGUCCUACCACUGGUGCUGAUUUGUUUAAUCUCCUUUGGGGGUUUCCUCAUUUGGAAGAACUGGCGCCUGAGGAACAUCAACAGCAUCAAUUUUGACAACCCUGUCUAUCAGAAAACGACGGAGGACGAGGUUCACAUCUGUCGGAGCCAGGAGGGCUACACCUACCCAUCGAGACAAAUGGUAAGCCUGGAAGACGACACAGCGUGAGCCCAACGCAACGCCUCCAAGUGCCUCUCUCCAGACUUUUGCUGCUGCUUUUCUGAGAGAACACGCAUGCCCUGGCUUCCGUUGUCUCUCAGCCGUCUGAUGCCACUUCCUGAGUGACUCGAUGGACCUUUUCCCUUCCUCAGUCCCCCCACCUUUCCCUUUUUUU